AUGCGAAGAAUAUGGUGGGCAACAAUAAGCUCGAUAUUGGCUGGAGCGACACUUGCCUCACUCCUCUGGCUGAUAGCUUGGAUACAUCACUUUGAAGUCGAUGCUGAGCCUUUUCUUCCUCCUUCCAUGACAACGACCAGCUGCGGAUGGACGUACGACAUGGCUGUCGCCAACAACUGCAAGUUCCAACUAUGGUCGUACAGUUGGGUGCCUCCUGACUGCUUCGAUGAAAAGCUCAACGACGAUUUCCUGUCCUUGCACGAAGAGGAGGGUUGGGGAUAUUAUAGCAGCGGGGUAGAGGUGCCAUUAGAGUCUGUGCUGUUAGGAAACCGGAAUGACUUAAUGUCCACUUGGGGACAGCACUUUUGGCAUUGCGCCUUCUACCAGAGAAAGUUCUUUCGCGUGGUAGAAGAUAAUGGAGGGGAGAGGACAUCAGUUUUGAAGAUGACGAAUCGUGACUUGGAGGAGCAUCAUGGAAUACACUGCCAAGAAUGGCUCUCGAAUCCAAAGAGGUACCCAUGGGAUAAGGUCAAUAUCAACUUGACAGUGGGUUAUCAUUUUUGUUCAUAG